CUGAGUUCCUUUACCGGAUCCUGGAGGUCCGAGGAGUACGGCUCUGAUGCCUAUAGGAUCCUCAGGCAAAGUUUUUACUGCAGGAGCUACUGGAGCCAUGUUGCUGGUUAUUCAAGCACCGGGAAAGUAAAGCUAUAACCAAUAAAAUAAAAUGUAUAAAUGAAACUAAAUGCGUACGUGCACCUAUAGUAAAAGCAUCACGUGCACUCCUUAUUAUCUACAAAUUAAGUCUAUAUCGAUGAACCAACCGUAUUAUAAUUGAUAAUUUAGAGUGAAACUCUGACCCUCAUGUGGUGACGUCGGUCGAUAACUGUCAACAAACAGCUUUAUACUUCAAAUCCAAAAUGUCAUGUCAAUAUGACAAACACCAUGUUUGUCAAUGUCACAAAAAUUAUAAAAAACUUGGAGUAAAGUUUUUGCAUUAAAUAUUCUGUUAAGUUGUUAAUUAUUAUAACGGUAUUAUACAAAACCUAAGUGAAAAGUUAUGUCCAUUAAUCGCAAAUUAUCAGUGAACUCUAUAGUUUGUACCGUUGGCAGUUACCGUAUAAUCUUAUCUAUAGUCAAACUUGACACUUUGACAGUUGUCAAAAUCCCAUUGUCAAAGUCAAAAUCAGUCAAAAGUGACUGACGGUUUGCUAUUGUAACCUAAAAUGCUUCGGCGGUAAAUAAUAUUACCACAAAAUUGAUAUUAAUCGUUGUGAUUGUGCCUCCGGGAAGUAAAAUUCACAAUCAUGACAACAAAUGGAAUAUGCUAUUGGAAGCGAUUGUGGCGUUGGACAACAUCGGAGUCAUUAACAAAUGAAGAAUUAACUUCUGUAUUAGGGAAUAAAGAUGUUGUGGAGAGCCUGAAACAAGGUCUUGGUAGUUACAAGCCACAUAAAGCUGAAAGUUUUCCUCAACUUCAAACCAAACAUGCAGAUCAAACUAAACUUUUGAGUGUGAUCCAAACCUUACAAAACUACAUCGACGUGGACUGCUUUCAAAUAUGGGAAAUUAUGAAGAAUUACUUGUGUGAUAUAUCAUAUGGUACCCCAGCAAAUGCCCUUAAAAAUGUGGCAUUUGUAGAUACAAGACCUGUUUUCCUGUUGCCUAAUGUGUGGAACUUUUACUAUGCAGAGAGACUGUUCCUUCUUAAGUUAUUGCAGUACAUAGUGCAGUUUAAAGAUGAUCCUCAGCAUGUUUAUAAUGAACAAUUUAAGAAAAUUAUAAAGGACAUAGGAAUGGAGAACUUAAAAACAUCAUUGAUAUCUCAGUUUGACAAACUGUUGAAUACAGCGCCUCCACUAAGGAGGAUGCAAAAAGAAUUUUCUAAUGAGAAUAUUAGACAAGAAUGGGCUGACUGUAAUAUGAGAGAGCAAUUAGCUAUCUUACAGAUUCUCCUUCAUAUUGCUGAAGAAGAAAUAUUUACAGAGACAGAUUUCAAUAGAUUGUUCACAUUGUUCAGAAAGCAUGCUUUUGGCAAGAACCAGGGAUACAGUGAGCUCAUGGAAGAGAGACAUAGAGAGCCAUGUAUGAGGAUAAUGUAUAUGGAAGUGUGUUUGUUUAUGGUCAUUGCAGAUGGCAUUAAAAUCAAGAACUUGUCAGCAUGGAUAGACAGUACAAAAGAGGUGGUAGAAGGUGAGCUCACCAAACUCCAAAUGAAUGCUGAACACAGUGCAAUGCUCAUCACUUGGAUGAUGCUCACACUCCAGAGUGAUCAACAUGCAAAACUCUUUGAGAGUCAAUACCAACAUUUUGGAGCCACAGCACUAAGAAUGCAAGUCUUUGAAUUCCUACUACAGAUGUUAAAUAGUUCUGGUUUUUCUGACCAAUCGAAAUGCGCCCUUAUCGCUCGGCAAAGAGUAUUUCGACUUUUGAACGACUUAUGCGAUAAGUUUGAUGGAGAUGGUACCAUCAGCCACCAAGCAGGUGUCAUGCAACUCUGUGCCCACUUAUUAUCUUCUCCAGAAAUUACCUGUCAGUUCUGGAAACUACACAAGAGGGAUGAGAACUGUGGCGUUGUAUCUCUAUGGAAUACAGCGCUAGAGUAUUUUCCUUUCAAUUUCAGUGCUCUAUCCAUUUUAUCUAGUGGACUAGCUCAAGGAGGAAAAUGUAGUGUUAUGAAUCUGUUAUCAGAACUAAAGAGUCUUCCAGUCUACACUGAAAUCUACAAUCCGAACGCAGUACCCGUCAUGUCACUACAAGGCGAUGACGCUAUUAUCGGUCGCGAAUAUUUUCCUCUAGGAAACCCGUCUUACCGCAUUGAAAUAGGCUCUACAGCCACGCUGAUGGAACGGAAGGAAGCGACAAUGAUCCAUUUUAGAACACCAUAUUCUUAUUGGACAGUAUUCAACAGUGAGGUUGAAAAAGCACUUGAUCGGAAGCAACAUCAUCAAAAUAAUAUCAAUGUGACGUUAGAAAGGAUCUAUCAGGGUACGAAGGUGUUGAAAGGAGUGCUGCAGGCACUGGUUGAGGACCGAGAGAUACCAAAGACCUUGGUAGGACCUAGUGAAGGAGUGUUUGACGUACUAGUGAGAUUUAUGAGGGCUGACACACCGCCUUUAUCACUGUUGGUAGAGUGUCUUGCUGUUUGUACUGCCUUAGUACCAGUUUUCCCGAAGGAGAUACAUUUAAGACUGAUAAACACUGGACUAUUACCUCGUCUAAUGAACCACAAACUUGCUCACAUAGAGUAUGCUAAUGGGGCAUCCUUUGACUCAGCUGCAGUUGGAUCUUAUUUGGUGACGAUAGAACAGCUGACUGGCACAUACAAAUUCUUAGGAGCAUACAUUGAUCUGUUAUGUGCAUUCCAUGAGCAAUCUGCAAGUGAUGACCGUAUAACAACGGAAAUAAUUCUCCCUGGUCUAAUAUUGAUCCUUCGCGAAGUGUUUCCCAAUAUCUAUGGCUGGCGUUACAGCAACACUCGCGAGCGACGUGACAUGAUACUGCGUUGCGCGCAGUUCUUAACGCUCGUGUUGCAAGAUACGAAUAGUAGCAAGCCCUGCAACGCGUUACUGAAACAGACUUGUGUAUACAGUUUAUUACAUACGGAAAAUGCGCUCGAAUUAUUGAAGUUCAUUUCUGUUGGUAACGAUCAACUAGAAAAUGUAAUAAGGAACGAAACGAACUGGAUAGCGGGUAAUGGAUCUCAGUACAUAUCAACGAUACAGAGAUGUGUAGCUAUAGUUAUCUUUGCCUUACGCCUCAAGCCCUUAGUCACGGAAGCUACAGAAGUGACGCCAUUAGAACACCUCAUCUUCGCUCAGAAUAAGCAGAAAGACUUGUUGAAAGUAGUACCAAGAGUCACCAGUUACAUCAACCAUGCAUUCAAUAAAAAUCUGCCUGUACUCUGCUGCAGGUUGCUCAAGAGUUUCGCCGAUCGUUUCCAAAUGUCUCUAUUCGCGUCUUUAGACAUGACCGCUUAUCAAGUGCGAGUCAUGUUCCUCGAUCGUCUGCGGGACAAGUACGAAACAACUGAACUAAAAGUAGCUAUAUUAGAGUUUGUGGCCACUUGUGUUGGCACCCAGCCAGGGCUCACUGAGGCAUUCUUCAUGAUGAACCAUGAAAUUAAGAUGGACACUGAUGAUGGCAAAGAUAAGAAAACUCCCACUGAUAAGAAACCUGAAACAGAUGACAGUUUCGAAGGCAUUCUAGGCUAUAUGGCUGAUUAUCUAGGAACUGUGAAAAAUAACCCCAAGUUGCUCCACAGUCCCUUGCUCUCAUGCAUCAUGGCCCUUUUCCAUGCGCUAUGGAAGAAUAACAUGCAAAUACUCGUGAAUAAACUGCGCGAGAACCCCAAGUUCUGGGAACACAUGACUAGUCCCUUAUUAAAUGACAUACAGCCAGGUCUUAGAACAUACUCGCAAAUAUUUAAUGUUCUUGGUAUAGAACUCUUUGUUUCCAGGGACAAACUCGAGCCAAACCUAAAAGAAAUGUUGGAACAAUUCUUUGAUACCAACAAAAAGCAUUUAGACAGAUGGAUUGACUAUAUAUUCUCUUUUAAUGGCAAAAAUGAUAGUGAAGAAGUUGUGGACAAAGUGCCUGUCUGGCUUAGUCUGUUGACCUCAUGGAAAGAUUUCAUCACAAUAUUCUGCAAGUGCCUUCCCAUUAGUUUAAACAUAGCGCAUAAGGCUAAGAUGGUCGCGCCGUGCAUGAGUGCCUUAUUGAAUGAACUAGAUGACUUGAAGGACGGUAGGCUGGUCGUCAUACUAGCUGAGCUGUACGUAAUUAUGCUCGCCAACUGGAAGGACGACUGCUUUGACAACAGAAAAUCUAGUGCCAAACAAGUAGACAGUUUGCUGACCAAUACAGCUAUUGUCUACGAAUGUCUGCAUCCGCGUGCUAUUCGCGCUAUUCUUUCAAUAUGCACGGUCGCGAUAAGCAGCUUGGAUUAUGAAAUUAAAGCUAAUAGUGUCACUGCGCAGAGUAUCAUACGAUCUGUGACGAAUAUUAAUAGUUUGGAACUUGAAAAGCUGUUAGAUGAUAUCAAAGAGGAUCCAAAGCCACCUGAGCCGACAGCCAACGGUCACCCAGUGAUCGAGAACAUUCCACCCGUAGUGUUAUCACUGGCGAUGUUGGAGCAGUGCUUAGAUUUGUACGACGACAUGUUCACGGGUCUGUCGCAGUGGUUCCAAUCGAGCAGAUUCAUUAAUAAAAUCCUUUGUUGUCUCCAAACAUGUUUACAGAACAGACGUCACUAUCACACGUCUCUAGCCGCCUUACGUUGCCUGACUGCAUAUGCAAGAGGGCCAUUUUCUAAAGAUUUGCUCAUGAGUGAUGUGGAUCAGUUUCUUUGGCUGCAGUUGUUGCCCCCGAAGUUUGAUGGUUCAGCUUGGAAGCCGCAGGAGUGGUGGCGUGUGUACGCUUUCAGUUUGGACUUUAUUUCCAUGAUGGUGAUGAAGCACGGCCAGUUCUUCGCAAGUGAUGCUAUAACGUUCGUGGGCGUGCAUCUAGAACAUUUGAUUGAAGCUGUGCUUCUUCCGCGACAAGUGUUCAACAUAGAUGCUUUGAACCUGUGUGCCUCUACACUCAACCUGGUUGUGCAACUAGUUAAGUUUGAGGCAAGGUGGCGCAUACAGAAUAUCACUUCACUAACCGGCAUUAUGCGAAGUAUAAGUGCGUGCCUAUACCAGUGUGUGACUUUGAUGAUGCGCUCGCGUCGCUCUACUGACCCUGCUCUGCCGCCACCUGAAGAUGGUCAAAGUUAUGCUCCUAACGUGUUACACAGAACUCUUGAAAUCCUGCACAUGGCAACACUGUGCUUGCUGUCAUUCAGUCCAGAGUUGCUUUCCCUUCUGGCCGACCCUGGGCUAGACUUGGAGCGCUGGCAGCCCCUCGUCGAACUACACUUCGGAGCACCCAAGAUCUCCUACGAACCUUUCCCGCAGCUCACGUUCGGGACUUUAGUGUCGGCUAUCUGUUUGUUAACAAGAUCUCUUAAUCAUGCGUAUCACUCGGAAGAGGGCAGUGGGUCCCGGUCCCCGCGGCUGCGGCGGCGCGCGUGUUCCUGCGGCAGCCCGGCGCCGGGCGAGCGCCGCGCCAACCGCAGCGAGUCACUCACGUCCAUCUCCUCCGCCGCCUCGUUGCCCGCGCUCGACGAGCGACUCGUGGCAGGAGCACUCGACGCCACUGCCACGCUGCUCGCAUCGCAGGCAUUACUCGCUGUGCGUGACCCUAGUGUGCCCGGCCGCCAUAAACAACUCAUUCGUCGUGAACUAAGCUCAGAGCUGACCAUGUUCCACGACUUCGUGCGCAAGCGUAUUCUGUGCGCAGCGCAUGCGCGGCCUCACCUAGUGCGCAACAAGCUCGGCGCCUGGCCGCUGGCCCCAAACGAAGAAGAAACUAAACGCAUAGAAGAAGCCAGGAAAGAGGGAAAUGCCCUCGUUUCUGAUAAUGAUUCGGACAGGUCCCUUCCUCCGCCGCCGCCUCCUAAGCGUGCAGCACACGACUCGAUGCGCGAAUAUAUACUCCGGAAGCAUUACCUGGAUAAGUGUGCCCAAACACCAACUAAAGGACCACCAUCACCUGUUUCACAUUCGACACCAACGUCUGAUAAGAAAAAAGAAACUUCCCGCAGUUCGAAGCGUGUAUCUUGGGCUGAAACCACAAGAGACAGUGACGAAAGCCUAGAUAGUACUCUGCAGGAAAUCGAAGAGCCUGCCUACUCUAAUUUAACUGAUGUACAAAUUAACAAUGACGAAGAUUACUUCCACUUCAUGUCAGUUGUGUUUCUUUAUAUUUGUCAAACAGAAUUAUAA